GCGUUUUGUGUAAAAUUUUAGACAACUUUGAUGAUGUUGAAUGUGGCAAAUCCUAUAUAAUACACAAAAAGGAUGAACAAGCUAAUCAAGAUCCUGACGAAAAGGUGGAGAAAAUUCUUAUGUCGCUGGAUAAAGUUGCGGACCACCUUUGUUCUCCGAACUACUUUCCACUCCAACGUUCUAAGCAGAUGGGAAUUCCUCUGGCGGGAGGACGACCGAUACUACUCGUUCAUAAUCUGCCAGAGCGUGGUAAAGAAGGUUUGACAAAUUCCAAGAAACUGAUGCAGAAUCAAGAAUGGCUGAAUACAAUACUUGGUGCAAGUGGCUCUGGCAAAACCCGUCUUUGUUUUGAGCUCCUCUGCCAACAGUAUGGAUUUUAUCUCGUGACGGAACCUACCCCAUCGCUCGGUUCCAAGGACGUUUUCUCUUUUACCAGAUUUUGCGAGUCUGUAUUCCGUAACGAUAACUUAAACGGCAAUCCAGAAAGCAGCGCAUUGGUUACUCGCCUCGUUGGAUGUCUUCUUCUAGCACGUCUGAUCGUCCUCGAACGACUAGUAAUAGAUCGCAAAAGAGACCACAAAAUUCCUAUAACGCCGAAAAACUGGCUUCUUUUCCAGCUCAACCCAACGGUAGAAAAUGAUCCGGACAUAUUCAGCACUCUUUUC